UCUAUCCACAGCAGUGCCAAGAAAAUGCUGUGCCGGAGAGCAUGGGUAGGCUUCAUAUCUCUGCCGUUGCCCUGUAUAGAGAGAUCACGGCUGAGAUAUCAAGUUCAGGGGUGCUUGAGAGUUUCAGUGCAGACCUCUUGACUUACAAGAGGUGGAAACUUGUUGAAGGUUUCAUCUUUGCGACCAUUUAUGUGCUCUUGAUUUUGCCCAUAUUUUACUCUCAGGCAGCAGAGACUGUAGAUGUGAAAAACGAGCCACAGGCCUGGAUCUCACGGCUUAUGGGAAUUGCAACAAGUGUAGCUAUUAUAUGGAGAAGCGCGAAUCGAACAGCAAGGCUAACUCCACUACGUUUUUAAAGAUGUUGAAUGACUUUAAAAUGAAGGAGCAACUGCGGAGCGAUACCAGUUCUUUGGAUGGUAAGAUCGGCGCUGACUUUCGACAGCAGGCCGUGUGUGAGGGCUGCGCGCAGAUCAUUUCAGACCGUUUCCUGAUGAGGGUCAAUGGCGCGUCCUGGCACCAGAAGUGCCUUCAGUGCGCUGCGUGCCAGCAACCGCUCACCGACACCUGCUACUUCAGAGACACAAAGCCGUACUGCAAGGGCGACUACCAACAGUUGUUUGCUGUGGAGUGCAGCAACUGUCUUGGAAAGAUAGCGCCCACAGAGUUUGUUAUGCGAGCUCUGGACAGUGUUUACCAUCUCAGCUGCUUCUGCUGCUGUGUCUGCCAGCGCCAGCUGUGUAAAGGAGAUGAGUUUGUACUGAAAGAAGGUCAGCUGCUGUGCAAGACUGACUAUGAGAGAGAGAGGGCCCUGCUCAGUACACUCGGUCCAGACAUCACAGACUCAGAUAAGAGUGAGGAUGAGGAUGAGGAUGUGAAAUCAGAAAAAACCCUAUCAGUCAGGAAAUGCAGCAGUGACAGCAAAGAACCCCUAAGGCCCAAACGCCCACGCACCAUCCUGACCACCCCGCAGCAGAGAGCCUUUAAGGCCUCUUUUGAGGUUUCUUCCAAACCCUGCAGAAAGGUAAGAGAGACCCUGGCUGCAGAGACUGGACUUAGUGUUCGUGUGGUCCAAGUCUGGUUCCAGAACCAGAGAGCAAAGAUGAAGAAGUUAGCCCGCAGACAACAGCAACAGCAGGAGCAACACAACAGCCAAAGGCUAGGCCAAGGUAUUGACUUCAUCCAUGACAUUGACAGUGAGACCUCUCUGACAAGUCUAAAUGAUUGCUUCUUGGCCACUCCAGAUGAAGCCUCUUUACAUGAAAGGGUGGGGAACACCAUUGACUGUCUUCACUCCAUGCAAAGCUCAUACUUCUUAAGACACAUCAUCAGUUUCAGUUCUUCUCAGCCCACCAUACCUCCUACCAGGCUGUGGACGGUGAGCCCACAAUAGUGCAGACAAAAGGCACAGAGUCUACUUGGCCAUAAGACACAAAACAGCAAGCAACUAAAAAUGACCAAGGCCAACCAAAUACACCAGACUAACCUCUAUCCAAGGAAAGGCGCACCUAAAGCAGAUUCUGGACUCCUUUGUUUCUCAAAAGUUGUUUUGUUGCAGUGGGAUUGCCUUUUAAGCUAUUUUCUUUUUGGUGGACAGGCGGUUAAUUAGGAUAAUAACUAGUUGAGUCCUGUUUCAUAGCAAAAUGUAAUAGUAUUGAAAGUGUUAGUUCAUAGCCGUGUAUGUGUAAUUUUACUAGCUGGCUGAAAUGAGAUGACUGGCUGAGAAUGACUGGUUUACUGGUGGGUCAGUGAUGAUCCAGGAAGGCAUAUUCAUGUUAUCACACCUCUAUUGGCUAAGCAAUGCCACUAUUAGGUAUCAGGAUGAAAUCCUUAGACCCACUGUCAGCCCCUACGUUAGUACAAUGGGUCCUGGGUUCCUCCUGUUGUGUGACAAUGCUCGGCCUCAUGUGGCAAGAGUAUGCAGGCAGUUCCUGGAGGAUGAAGGAAUUGUUAUGGUGGUCCCAACACUCACCUUUUUAAAUCCAUCCUCUUGGACAUUAUGUUUCUAUCCAUCUAACACUGACAGGUUGCACCUCAGACUGUCCAUGAACUCAGUGAUAUGCUGUUUCAGAGCUGGGAGGAGAUCCCACUGGACAUGAUUUAUCAUCUCAUUACUUACUGUAAAAGCAUGCCCUGAUUUUGUCAUGGCAUACAAACUAAUGAGUAUCAUUCUGAGUUAUCGCAAUAGAAUUGCAACAAAAUGGACUAGCCUGCCAUCAUUUGUUAACUUCAAUUUUCACAGUGAUUUUGACUUCAGCCCUCUGUAGCUUGAUAGUCCAUAUUACUAUGGAUACCCAACAUGAUUUUUUCCCCAUUGAGGUAAAAUAUAUUUUCAACACGUUCCUUUAUUAUUUUUUUAAGCAGUGUAUAUUUAUUGGACAAGAAUAAUAAUGCUCUGUACUAAUAUUGUAAACAUUUUGCAGUUUGUCUGUUCUGAACUAGUUCAACUUAAAGAUUUAUUGAAGUACUUCAAACAGUGUCUCAGAAGCACAGAGCUUUGUGUUUCUCUAUGUGCUGCUCAGUAAAGAUACCCGAAUAAUACUGUAAGUUGUUCUAAAGGAGAAGUUAAGCAAAUAUUAUAUUUUUGUUAUGUGAAGUAUUAUGUGAGCCAGCUGAUUGAUACCCAUUGUUGAAGGUAUAUAGUAUUCCAUCUACAGUGGGGCAAAAAAGUAUUUAGUCAGCCACCGAUUGUGCAA